CAAUAUUUGUGAGAGGAAACAAUACAUCCACAUCUCCGCUGCAAAAAAGGCCUCGCUGGCUGUUUUUCUUUUUGACUUUUGGAAGCAAUGAACGGUUCUUAUGUCAAAUCCAAAUGUUUUGUUGUGCUGACGAAGGGAUGCUGCGUCCAAGGGGACAAUUGAUGUGAAGGAGUUGUUGUUUAGCCACGAGGGCUCCAAUGACCAUUACUGCGCCAAUUACUGUUUAGCGCUCUAAAGCGACACCGACAGUCAAUGAUAGGACCAUAUCACCUUCCAGGUGCUUUCACGCGCAGCCGCCGCACGCUGUGCCAAAACAGAGUAUAACGGGGUCUGAUUACACAGGAGGGAGGAUGGUGGCAGAGAUGGCGAGCUGUGGCGCGGCUUGUCAGCUGGAGGACGGAGACGGAGAUAUCCCUGCGCUGGAAAACAAAGAUAAUCUGACAGAAAGUGACAGCAGUAGUCCAGAGAACACUGGAACGUCCACUGAGGAGAGCUCGGACGAGGAUGAAGAGGAAGAUGAGAAUUCUGAAGCCUGUGCUGAGAAGGAUGGAGGAGAGGAAGACGGCGAAGCAGCCGAUGAAGAGGAGUCUAAAGAUGAGUCAGUUGCUAGACCUGAAGCAGAGGUUUCAAAUGGGAAAGAUGAGAGUCAAUUCAGACUAUGCUGUGAAAAAUGCAAAGCCAUCCAUCAGAGCCAUGGCAAUGAGCUUGUUACCCCCAGGAGAAUCUCCAAGGGACGAUUACAGGUGCAGCUGGAAGGAGAGGGAACAUACGAAUGCUCUGUCACCGGCCUGGUGUUUGAAGCAUCGGAGCGGGUUCUCGUAAGGUACUCAGUCUUGUCCUGGUCCAAGUUCGGCGCAUUCCUCCAGGACUCCUGGAAGUUUGCGGGACCCAUCUUUAAUGUGGACACCAUCAACAAGGAUGCCUCUGUCCUAAAGUCCAUCCAGUUUCCUCACUCUGUCUGCCUCGCUGACCCAGAAAAUGAGAUGACAUUCAGUGUCCUACACAUAAAGGACAACCGUCCACGCAUUGAGCCGACAGUGGACCACUCAGGUAGCCAUGUUAAGUGGAAUGUGACGUCCCUGUCACCCGUGGGUCCCAUCAUACAGACGAGCCAGUCUGUAGAGCGCCAUGGGGUGGUCCUGGUCUACAAGCAGCUGGGGAGUGACAACAACAACUACAGUUUCCAUAUCUACCUGGCCACCAACAGCUCGUCCGACAUCAAGGAUAUAUGCAAACAAGUGCGGGCCUACAAGAAUCGUUACAUUCGGAUUGACAAGCCUCCCACAUGUAAACUGGAUGAAGGGACGUAUCGUCUCCUGAGCGAGCCAGAGGGAGACAUCAAACCUCAGGAUUUGAAAUUCACCCUUGCAGUGACUAAGAUGAAAGGCUACUUUGAAGCUUUCUUUGAACAGCCUCCUCCCUUUAAAUUGUCUCUUAUAGAGAUUGACUCUGAGGAGACUGUAUGGUCUGCCACCAUCAGAGAAGGUGACUGUGUGGAUAACACGGAAAAGAAGCCAAGGAAAAGGACAAACAGCAGACAGAGGAGCAGCAGCCCCUCAGAAGAUGAAACGGCCUGUAAAAGACCUCGAUGGCAGGAUGAGUCAGAUGGAGUGAAGACAGUGAUGACUCAGGUCCAGGACAUGUCAGAGAAGCAGCUACUGCAGGUGGCCAAGCGACUCGGGAAGGAGUGGAAGCAGGUGGCCAUCUAUCUAGACUUGAACUCCAGGGACCUGGAUGACAUCCAGGCAUCUGAGAAAGAUGUGACCAUGCAGAAGCUGAAGAUGCUGGUGGAGUGGAAGAGCAGAAGGCGGCCGGGAGAGGCCACGGCGGGCCACCUGUGGAAAAGUGUGGAGGAGCUGGAUGACUUGCCAAAUGAGGUCCGACAGACACUGCAAGAUAUGAUAAACAAUCAAGCAGCUAAAUGAAAGGGAUUUGACCUAAAUGGAUCGUUGGAUAUCUGUUCUUCCAGCAUCAGGAAGAAAAAAGAUCUCAGGAAUACAACAAAACCAAGUUGACCUUUGGAACAAACAUUAUCUCUUCCUUCAGUUUGUGUUUCUCUUUUGAAUAUUUUCUGGACGUGAAACUAAUUGAUGAGUUUUUGUAUUUCUGCAUUUCAUGAAAAGGACCAGUGUCCUAUUUCUGGAUGGGCAUUUUGUUCAAAUGUGGUCCUUUUAUUCUGUAAUGAAUACAGAAUAGACAAGCUGUACCUGAAGGUACCAUUGUGUAGCCAGAAUUUGAUGCUUAGCAUCAUCAGGUUCUGAAAUGACCAGCAGAUGUAGAGGUGUAGAGGUCGUUGAGAUAUUGAGUAGCUAAUUAUGUAGCCAGUAACACAUGUAAAUGUAGGUGCUGCAGUGUUGAAACUGCAAGAAUCAGGAAAAAUCCAACCUGUGUAUCUUGUUUCACUUUUAAAUGGGAUUUUUUAUAAAAUAAUUAGGCAUUACAUCACAUGCAUGUGACUGUCCAACGCAUUGCAGACUGAAUUACUGAACCAUUUUGUGUGUCAUAUGUUUUUAUAUUUAUGCACACUACGUCCUGUACAUAUCUUUUUAUUUUAUUUUUUUAUUAGCAGAUUUUUCAAACCUGCAAUUUAUUUUUUUAAAUGUGUUUUGUUUGUUUAUGUCUGUUUGUUUGUUUUUCAGAAAAUCUGAACCUGUAAAACAUAAUAGAGUUACAAGAGGUGUAUUAUUAUGUUGAACUUGAAUCAUGAACCUGUUCCUGCCCUCAUGAGACUGGAAUGCACAUUGUGGUUCCAUGGUAAAAAUUUUGUAGAAAACACUCAUGUGGAUUCUGGGCUGAAUUUAUGUUUUCUACCUGCAUGAUUUUAACUACAGCCAUGCAUCAUUCCUAUAUUUUUAGUUACCUUUUCAAGACAUAGCUGUAGACAUUUCAGUUAAAUAUUCACAACAUCCCUACAAUGUAUUUGUAAUGGUAACAUGUCAUCAUUAUUUUGGAAACGCUGCAGAAACGGCAUCUAUAAUGUUGAAUCUUUUAGGGUCUUCCAUGCCAAUAUGAUGCAGUAAUGUUUACAUUCAGAGAACAUUGCUUCCUUAAACAAUUUACUUCAAGUAAUCCUGUCAGUCUUUUUUGCACUUGUUUGUAUCAGGUCUGAGUCCAUGGAAAGACUUCUGGAAUAAAGAAGCAAAUGUUGACUGAAUAAAAGAAUAGGUCUCCUGGA